AUGCUGUCGGCGGCGAAUCUGACAGCAGCAGCGGGUCUUUUCCUGCCGCCGCUGUUCCCCCUGACAACGGGGUUCCAGAGCCCAUUCGGAUUGCAGUACAAACCGUCGUAUUGGUUCGCGGCGGCCGCGGCGUCCUUCCCGCCGCCUCCGCCGCCAUUGAUGGUGAGCGCGGCAGCGGCGGCGGCGGCGGCAGCCGCGGACGUCGCCGCCGCUGCAGCAACAGUCUGCAAACCAGUUCCGUCUCCGAAUGGGGCUGCAGCAGCUGCUGCUGCGAGAGAGGCUUCGUUUCGUGCUGGGCUGCAUUCCGGCUUAUUCUUCGGUGCUGCCGCCGAAUUCUCCAACCAGAGUUGCAAAGAGAGAGACCUGAUCUCACCUGCUGGACACGUGUCCCCGGGGUCCGACGUAUCUUCACCACCCCGAGACACCGGCAGAACCCCCAUCUCGACGAACCUGACCUCUCCACCGGCAAUCGCCCUAUGUUCAGCCUCUCCUUCCCUUUCUUCUUCUUCUUCAUUAUCCUCCUCGUCCUCAUCGUCAUCAUCCUCGUCUUCUUCUUCGUCAUCAUGUUCACCCAACAAGCCCACGCUGGUUCGUCCGGUCUGCGUGAAACCCAGCAGUGCAGCAUGCAAGGACUCGAACCCGCUAUCCGUCACGUCCCUGACAACCCGGACAACCCCGUCUGUCGUCAGCAGUUCAGCCAGCAUUUGCACCAGCACCCAUAACAGCCCGAGUCCCUUCGGUCUCCUCAAGUUCGCAGCUCAUCGCGCAGGCCUCGACUUGAGUCCAUUCGCCGCCGCGUCCGUAUUGCGAGACCGACUCGGCAUGUUCCAGCACCACGCCCCUCACCUUUUCCCGACCAGCAGUACUUGCAACUCUGUUCAGAACAACUGCAGUACUAGCACGGGACCGCACGCAUUUCCGGACUUUGCGACGUGGCUGAGCAAGCACGGCGGCGGCGGCGGCGGCGGUGGCGGUGGAGGCACUGGGAUGGCGAAUGGCGGCAUUGGCUUAGGUGGUGGUGGCAUCGCAGGGAAUAAUAUGAGCUCCACUGCGGGGUUGGAUGUGGGGGGAGUAGGUGGGGGUCAGCAGUUGUUGCGACCCGGGACAGGGAGUUACGGGGACGUUUUCACGUGUGUCAAGUGCGACAAGAUGUUUUCCACGCCGCACGGGCUGGAAGUGCACGCCCGGCGGUCGCAUAAUGGGAAAAGGCCGUUCAGCUGCGAGCUCUGCAACAAGAGCUUCGGGCAUGAAGUCAGCCUCACACAACACAAAGCAGUGCACACUUCGGAAAAGUCCUUCGAUUGCAAGCAGUGCGGGAAGACUUUCAAACGUUCAUCAACGCUAUCAACCCACCUGCUUAUUCACUCGGACACCAGACCAUAUCCAUGCCAGUAUUGCGGGAAGCGGUUCCAUCAGAAGUCUGACAUGAAGAAGCAUACCUACAUUCAUACCGGAAUGAAGAAGAUUUUCGCCUCUGAUGUUCGAGCCAAUUUGUAUCCCGAUGAG